AUCAUCGAUCUAUUUCAUAAUGGCAAAUGUGGCCCCACAUGAGGUUGUCGCAAAACACAUCAAUAAAUGUCGUAAAUUAAAGUAAAACAUGUCAAUAGAUGUCAUAAAUUGGUGAAAAAGGCAACACGUGAUUUGAGGUAAUUAUAGCAUAAAAUGCAAGCUAACCAUCAAAACAAAUGUUUCAGAUUUUACUUCUACGUGCCACCAUUGGAUCGGAUGCCAUACCAACACCACCAAGAACUCGUUGAUUUUGCAGUAAAAUUUGAACCUUCAAAGGUAGAAACACAAUUGAUUUCUUUUAUAAAAAUUAUUAACUAUUGAAAUAUUGCUAUGAUGCUGAACGCCUUGGAUUUGGAUUGAGGAUUCUUGGUAAUAACCUCUUGGUAGGAAAAGGUGUCCACGGUGAAAAUGUAAACUCUGCAUUUGAUAUCUGCCAGGAAAAGAAGGGUAAAGUCAGAUAAGCAUGAAAAAAUGAACAUGUAUUUGACAGGCCACAUAUCAAAUGGAAAAUAUUUAAAUAAAAACAGGUUCACUUUAUAAUUAUAUGUUUACUAAUAUAGUUUCAUUAAAUCAACUUGUGGUAAUAGUAACUAGUUAUUGAUUCAGAUCAAGGUUGGAUUCACAUCUAACAGAAUGAAAAUAUUGCUUGAAAGACAACAUUCCUUACCAACUCAUAUCCUAUUAAAUUCUGCUGGAUUGAUGGUUGGAUAUUAUUAGCUCCUAUUACUCCUAAAAUUUAAAAAAUUGAAUUAGUCUUUUUGAGUCGUAUAUACCAAGAACAGGUAUGUACUUCAUGUAUGUAUGAACAGGUACAGACAUAUAUAGAGACACCAGAGAAGUCAAAUCAUAUUAUUAGCUCCCAUCCUUGCUGCUACCUCUGUCACAUAUACCUAACCAUACAGAACAAGCGAAGACUCCAAAAUAAUUAGGUCACAUCGCAUAAAACAUUUUACAGUGAGCAAAAUGAUUACGUCUCAUCUCCAAUAUAGUUAAGUUUCCUACAGUAUUUAAGCUCUUAUUUUAGUUAUAUUGUUGCACAUCUCAAUAGUUAUUAGCUUAUACUAACAGUAAUUUAAACAUAGUGCACCUCUAACAAAACUGUAAUAGCAAGAAAAUUUAAGACUAGUACCUAAACUAUCAAGCUACAACCUAAUAAGUGCUAGUAUGGUACAGAGAUAAAUAAGCAGAAACAGGGAAGCACCUUCGUGUUGGCGAAUCUAAGGAGCCCAGUGAGGAAGGGGAAUCUGAGCAUCCCUGUAGAGGAAGACACGAGCACGGCAUCCACACCACCUUCCUUCCCGGUCGUUGGCAACCAGUAGUGUGGCACCACAUGGAUGAGACCCCUGCAUCACAGGCGAGGGGCACCGACGCGAAGGCCACGAGGGCGAAGAUGUCGAUGGGCAGUCAAGGAGGAAGCAGACCCCUCCAGCUCCAGGAGAUGGCUUGCUGGCGAGUGGUAGCCGCCGCCGGCGGACAAGCAGAUCUGCGAGGAGGGCAGGAGGCACACGUUAUGGGGACAGGGUCAGAGUCUGAAGUUUUCACCUGGGAGUCUAGGACCGAGGUGAGGGAAGACAUGGAGCUCAGCGUCGGGGAUGGAGCCGUCGCGUCGGGGAUGGAGGAGGAGUCGAGGGGGAGUGGAGGAGGAGCCGCCGUGUCCGAGAGCUCCAAGGCUGGCGACGGCUAGGGUUUGGAAUGAGGGCGGUUGGCAAUUUGGUGUGACCUGG